UCACACGCAUCGAUACGGGCCAAGAGUCAUUUGAGAAGAACGCUUACAGCAUCGCGUGCUACGAUGGCCAGUCGGAUCUCUCGUGGACACUCAUGGAGGGAGCGGACGAAACACCAAUAGAGCUGCAUCCGUUCACGAAGAGCCAGCGAUCGCUUUGGUGGAUCAUCCCGCGAUCUCAGCCCGAGGUCUCGUCGGAGAUAUCAAAGCCAGCUCCUCCUCAUGAUCGAUCAACAUCACAGUCAUUAAGGACUGGUGCACAGGAAACGGUUGCGAAUAAUGCUAAUGGUAUUUCUGAAUGGACGCGCCAACCACAAUCUACAGCGCUGCAGUCCACCAGGGCAGUGACACCGAAACCGGUGGAACAAACCGUAGCACCUGCCCAGGACCAUCAGAUAGCUGGAACUGGCAUGUGCAUACCUCAUGACCCGAAGACGACAAAGACGACGAAGGCGUACGAGGACGUCAGCGUGCUCUCGCAGACGAUCCGGAACGUCAGAGCCAAUUGCCUCAGGAUCGCGCGUGAUGUCAUCGCAUUCGAUAGUGCGGAGAUCAGGAACACAGGCGGCGCGGUUAUCCAGUUAGGAAAGGAAUGGCAACAGUAUAUGAAGGUCUUCGAUGAUGCGGUUCAGUACAGCCAAGCGCAGGCGGUUCAGGUUCUUGUCAUAAUGCGAAACAUGAGUUCGGUUUUCGGUGAGGUCGAGCAAGGUGACCGAAACGAUCUGCGCCUGGAGCUGGAGAGUUUCAUUUCGCAGAUGAAGGACAAGCAGGAUGACGUCGCCGGGGUGGUCAUGAGAUUCAAUGAACUCGAUGGGAUUUCCUCCAUGGUCCGUCGAGUAGUGCAGAACUUCCUAGAUGGGGAUAUAGGCAAUCCGUGCCAGAACAUCAGUUCAAACGCAAGUCGCUAUGAAGGUCGGAUUCGUCGCCACGAAAUGAAGAAGUUCCGUCAGGAUUUGGGAGAAACGAAGGCCGCCAUCGCCGACAUUUCUUUCAAGACGAAUUUCAUCGUCAAUAUUUGGCAGACGAUCAACUCGGAUAUGCGUGCGAUUUAUACUAACGUGCGUCCUAAAUCCGAGGGCAAUCAUAUGUUCACGAAGCUUGUCGUCAAGAAGCUCAGCGACGCAAAUAAUCACCUCGUAUGGUUCCUUGAAACUUACGUUGAGCAGGUUCGGGCAGUGGAUAUGGAGUGAUACGCCGUCGGCAUCACUGCAUGCAGUCGGAUUGAACCUGAGUAGUCUAUAUUUACUG